CCGAGGUGAGUGCCGAUAUCGUGCCAAGCAUCCCGGGCGGCAUCGGCGGUUCAUAGCACGCUGCAGUGUGGUACGUUGUCCUGCUUUAUCUAGACCUUACUUCCGAGGCCCAUAUCAUCUUGCUGCACCCAGACCGUAGUAUUAUUAUUCGACAGCGGCGGCCUUCUAUGGCCAACGACGACCGCUAUGGCACGUUCAGUGAUGCACCUUCUAACAGCGCUGCAGAUGCCGCGGAGCCAACACCGGCACUUGCACCUGCCCAACGUAGCACAGGCGGAGCGCACGAGAAACGGACAGCUACAGCGAUGAGUGACGCAAACGAUGUCCACGACCCGCUGCGGCCACGAACAGCGUCCAGUCAGUCCUCGGCGCAGGCGGGCGUCAAGCGACUGGAAGCCAUCGCCUCCACAUGGUCGAGGACAGCGUUGUACAUCGCUUAUCUCGGCAUUGGUCUGACAGCGUUUGCAACAUCGCUGGAGAGCCAAACGACCAUCAACCUUGCCGUCUAUGCGACUAGUGCCUUCUCAGCGCACUCUCUAGUUUCUACCGUACUGGUUGUGCAAGGCGUCGUGUUAUCCGUGGUCAAGCCGCCCAUGUCCAAAAUCGCGGACGUCUUUGGUCGCUUUGAGGGCUUCACGUUAUCCGUAUUCAUCUAUGUCAUUGGCUACAUCCAGCAAGCGGCAGCAAACAACGUCAAGACGUACGCAGCGGCGCAGAUAUUCUACUCGGCCGGGCAAACGGGGUUACAAAUCCUGAUCCAGAUAUUCAUUGCCGACACCAGCGAUCUACUUAACAGGGCUUUCGUUGCAACGCUGCCGGAUACGCCAUUCUUGAUCAAUGUCUGGAUCGGUCCUACGCUUGCGGAUGCGAUUUUGACGAAUCUGAACUGGCGAUGGGGCUACGGGAUCUGGGCUGUGGUGCUCCCGGUGGCAUUCUUGCCGUUGGCACUUGCGCUAUAUCUCAACCAGCGUAAAGCAGCUAAACGAGGAAUGCUACCAGCCUCACCACUCGAAGGCAAAGACUGGUGGGAGACGGCGAAGAGUCUCUGGUUCGAGCUCGACGCAGUGGGGUUACUGCUAAUCUGCGUUGGCUUCUCACUCAUACUGAUACCAUUGACUGUCGGUGCCGAGAGUUCUUGGAAAGAUCCUAGCAUCCUGGCUAUGCUGGUGGUUGGAAGUGUUUGUGUCAUUGUCUUCCCAUUUUGGGAGCGGAGCAAGACCCUGGCGCCGCGGCCAUGCAUGCCUAGAGCUUUGAUGAAGAACCGGACGUUUUUAUCUGGGUUGGCAUUUGCGUUCUUUUAUUUCUCGGCCUUCUACCUAUCUGUGCUGCCCUACUUUCAGUCCUACCUUCUCGUAGUACACGGCCUGUCAGUCGCCGAAGCGGGGCGGAUCAUACAGACCUUCACCUUCGUGGCGACGAUAACGGCUUUGUUGGUAUCUCUGGUCAUAAAGUACACAGGCCGCUACCGUAUCAUGGUUACAGUCGGCUCUUGCAUCUACGUGUCCGGAUUAAUUCUCAUGUUGGUGUUCCGCACCGAGCACUCUCGCAUUAGUGCCAUCGUUGGCGCUCAAGUUCUUAUCGGCAUCGGCGGCGGAAUGUGUCACUUCCCUGCACAGCUUGGCGUACAAGCUUCGGCAAGCCACUCAGAAGUCGGCGCUGCAACCGCAGCUUUUCUCACCCUCCUAGAGAUUGGAGGCGCUGUCGGCUCAGCAAUAUCCGGCUCCAUAUGGAGCAGCAACAUUCUGCCGAAGUUGCAGGCUUAUUUGCCGCCUGAGACCAAGGACCGCGCGACAGACAUCUUUGGAAGCAUCGAUUUGGCGGCGAACGGCUGGCCAAUGGGUAGUCCAACUCGCGAUGCCAUCAACUUGGCGUAUCAGGAAACCAUAACUCGUAUAGUGUUCAUCGCGGUCUGCAUGGCUACGCCGUGUAUACUCCUAAGCUUCCUCAUGGAGAACUACAAGCUCGAUGAGAUGGAUCAACAUGUCAAAGGCACGGUGAUCGGCAAAGCUCGACAGGCUUCAAGAGACUUCGAAGCAGGACCUUCGAGUGGGCAGUGUGUGAACUUGCUACACCAUGAUGACGGCCACGUCGAUGGCGAUGAUGACGAAGACGACAAUGAUGACAGCAACCUUGACGCGAAAAUGCAACCUUUGUUGAGGAAGCAGGGGAAGGCUGUGUGAUUGCGAUGUAGUACCCUUGGAUCAUUGCGGUGGUGUUUGUUCGAUUUGUUGUGUUCGGAGGAUACCCCUGUGCAAGCGAGCAAUCUAGCUGCGACGAAGACAUGACCUUAUUUAUCCUACGGGCGCAGCCUCGGCUUAAGUGCGAUACAACUCAAAGGCUUCGGCCAUCUUCACGUG